AUGGUUAGUAAAGUAUAGAUCCAAGUAGAGAGAUUACGUAAAUGGCCGGAGAAGAAGACUGGAGAAAAACUGCUGAUACAACAAAGAUGAGCUCGGAGGGAGUGAAAACCGCCGGAGUUGAGUCUUCGAAGAGACCACCAGGAAGUAAUCCAGGUGGUGUUCUUCACCAACGCCGUAACUUGCCGUAUAGUUACACCACGAUGGCUCUUGUUGGAUUAGCUAUCUCUGGUGCCGUCAUGUACACUGUUAUGUAUGCUAAGAAGAAGCCAGAAGCUAGUGCUACUGAUGUAGCUAAGGCGGCCACAGGGACAGCGAAACCUGAAGAUACUCAUCCGAGAAAAUAAAAACACCAAAGAAAAAAAAAGGAGAAUCUUUCUUUCUUUUUUGCUGUUGUAUUUUUCGUUCUUGCUUCGUGUUCAAUGUUUAUGGUAACUCUUUAUUUUCUUGUAACGAAAUAACAUAACGAGUGUUAAGAAAAUAAAAUCCUAUCAACUCUUCAGCUA